UCUGCUUAGCUCGAGAUUUUGCAAAAAGUUUCUUUAAUGGGUAUUGUUAUAUUCAACAAAUCUGUUUCUGAUAUUGUGUGAUAUUUCGUGGCUUCUUUUGAAACUCUGUUAUUUCCUGUUUUGGUUCUGUACACAAUCCUCUGAACCUAAUUUUUUUUUUAUCUUUUGCUUCUCUGAUUGUUUCUGUAGAGGAAGAAACUCUUUCAACGACAUGGAGUCUAAUAAGGAAGAAGCUAGAAGAGCAUUGGAUUAUGCUGAGAGGAAACUUUCAAAGAAUGAUUACCAUGGAGCUAAAAAAUUCGUCACCAAGGCUCAGGCUUUGUAUCCAAAGCUCGGCGGUUUGGAACAAGUGUUGAUAAUGAUCGAUGUUUAUAUCUCUGCACCAAACGGAGAAGCUGAUUGGUAUGGAAUUAUCGGUGUGGAUCCUUUAGCUGAUGAUGAAGCUGUGAAGAAACAAUACAAGAAGUUGGCUCUUUUGCUUCAUCCGGACAAGAACAGGUUUAAUGGUGCUGAAGGCGCGUUUAAGUUGGUUUUACAAGCUUGGUGUCUAUUAUCUGAUAAAGCUAAUAGAAUUGCUUAUGAUCAAAAGAGGAGACCGAACCAAGUUAAACAGAAAGAGAGUGGAAGGCAGAAACCACCAAAGAGACAUGAGUAUAAGCCUUAUGGGGCUAGGUCUGAGCCUAAGCAUGAGCCUAAGACGCCUGAGUCUAAGAUACCUGAGCCUAAUAAGCCUAAGAGACUUGAGCCUAAGAAGCCCGAGCCUAAAAAGCCUGAGCCUAAGAAUACUGAUCCUGAAAUAUAUUUGAGUGAAGAAAUUUUGUUUACAGAGUCACGAGAAAAGAUUGCUGCUGAUUUUGCUGUUGCUGCUGCUGGAGGAAAUGCAAACAAAGCAAAGAGGAUUUACAAGAAGCUGACAAGACUGGGAAACCCCAACCCUAAUCUUGAAGCAGAGAGGCUUUUCGAGGAAUACAUGACAGAAUGUGAAAUAAGAAGUAAGGGAUUUGGAUUUAGAAGUUAA